UUUAAACACUGAAAUAUUUAAAAUUUGCAAUUUCUUCUUUCUACCCCAUGUUCAACAUUAGACACAAUUAGCUGCAAUAAUUUAAGGAAGUAAUGCAGUUUGGAAGUUUCGUGUACAUUGGUGGGGGAGGUGAGGAAGAUGUGGAGAUGGUCACUGAGGAAGAUGAGAAAGAACUUGUACCAUCAACAUCACAGCCCAAAGGCGAUUCAUGCCUGCUGGACAUCCUGGACACGGCCGGUCAAGAGGAAUAUUCUGUGGUUAGGGAUCAGUACACACGUACUGGGGAUGCUUUUCUCCUGGUGUAUUGUAUAACUGACCGGUCAAGCUUUGAGGAGGCGGAGGCGAUCUAUGACAUGUUACUGGAAAUCAAGGGAGGUAACCAUGUUCCAGCGGUUUUGUGUGGCAACAAACUUGAUCUGGAUGCAACACGAAAUGUCUCCCAUGACGAAGGCAAAGUAUUGGCUCAGAAACUAAGGAUUCCUUUCAUAGAAACUUCCGCUAAAGAUGGGACAAAUAUCAGACAGGUUUUUGAAGUACUGGUGAAAGAAGUUCCCAGAUUGCAGCCCUCAUACAAGGUGGUCAUCCUAGGGAGUGGAGCAGUUGGAAAGUCAGCCGUCAUUCUGCGAUAUAUCACCAAUAAAUUUGUUGAUUGUUAUGACCCAACUAUCGAGGACUCCUACAGAAAAAAUGUCACAAUUCCUGGCCUAAGAGAAAGACAUCGGGAAUCCAAUACACAGCGACGGUUAAAGCGUCUUAGGCAACACGCAGCUACAUCUAAUAAUGCUGAUAGGCUGUACGACCCAAAACUAUCUUAUCAAAUGAACCUUUGUCUUGGCUUUAAAGUUGGGUCUAAACCUGAACAGAAGAGGUUAGCCUUAAAGUCUUGUUUGAAAUGUCGACCACUACCAGACUCCCCUGGUCAUUUUGCCCCGAAGGAAUCCAAGAAGUGCGAGAAAGCCACCAGUAAUGUGGUUCUUGUUUCCCUAAAGACUCUGGAUGAUCCGCUGGCUACGGCCACAGGGGACCCUGUAAAAUGUGACUGUCAUGCCGUCCUCUCCUCAAUCUCAAACACGGUACAAGAUGACGAAAACAUCAAAUGGAAUUGUGAAUUUUGCCAAAAAGAAAAUAUAAUACCAAACACCAAGAAAGAGGAGGUUCCUACCGAGUCUGUAAUAGACUACACUAUGUCCCCACCGGCCCCUUCCGACCCCGAGGCGGGGCAGCAGACAGGAGUAGCAGGAGAAAAGGAGAAACUUCAUACGGGAAAAGGCUACACCAUCUAUUGUAUUGAUAUUAGUGGAUCCAUGAGUAAUACCACUAAACUUCCGGAACUACAAAUUGCAUGGAAGAAAGCCAGAACCCAGUCAUCCAACUUUGACACUCAUGUAACAAGGCUUGCUGCAAUUCAGGAGGCGUUAAAAAGACAACUUGAGCGGCUGAAACUGGAAAAUCCUGACAGGCGAGUAAUCCUGAUACAAUUCGACGGAGAUGUGACCAUCAUAGGGGAUGGAAGUCAGGAACCGUUCCAAGUCGAUAGGCACAUCACACACUCAUUUAGCAAGCUUAAACGUAGUGGUCAACAAUAUGCCCAGCAAAUGGACAUCCGUACCCUUGGAGAAAGUUACGAUGACCUUAUAGAGAAAAUCAAUAGCAUGCGUACAAAGCAUAAAACAGCCCUCGGACCAGCGCUAGCAACAGCUAUCGGCAUGGUCACCGGAACCAAAGGUUCAGAGGUUAUCCUGUGUACUGAUGGUGCCCCAAACAGUGGCGUCGGUAAAAUGAACAGCCCUGACUCCAGUUGUAAGGGUUUUUACACCAAGGCUGGUAACUACACUAAAGAACAUGGAAUAGUUGUUUCGAUCAUUGCUGUUGACGGGGAACCUGUCGGACUUGAGAAUGUGUCUCCCUGCGCCAAUAUUUCUGGUGGAAACGUUGAUGUCCUUGACCCUCUUGAGAUUAUGAGACAGUUACGUCUGAUUUCCCAAAACUUCAUCGUGGCAACAUCUGUAUGUAUGGAAUUCCAUCUUCAUCCUGAACUUGAGAUCGAUGACAACGACUUUCCAAAGGGCAGCAGUCGUAUUAUUAAGGAAGUAGGUAAUGCCACCAGAGACACAGAUGUUACAUUCUUUUUCAAACGGAAAAAUACCGACAAGGAUUUGGAAGUGGAUUGUCUCCCUUUUCAGGUUCGUGUGAGUUUUACAUUGAAAGAUGGACGCAAAAUGUUGAGGAUCAUCAGUAAAUCCAUGAAAGUCACAAACGACCGAGCUAAGAUGGAGGAGGAGAUGAAUAUUGCCGUGGUGGGGCUGGCUACGGCACAGAAAACGGCUGAUUUAGCUUCCAAGGGAAAAGUGGCAGAAGCAAGACAUAAAUU